UAUCAAUGUGAAAAAUAAACUAAAAGUCUCCUAUUAUUAGCUAGUCCGCCGCAUAUUUUCAAUUCAUAAGUUAUUCUUAAUAUACGCUAAACACCUCAUGGCAGAACAACUUUUUGCUACUUACAAAGUUGACAAAUGACUAUGAUAAUCUGUCAAACUCAAAUGUGUCAAAACAAAAACACAUGGCAUGUGAAUAAUGUAAACUAAAAUAUAACUCAGUUAUAAAAUAGUACACCUUUUUCAAUAAAACUUUGUCAGAUUAAUUUAUUAUAGAUAUGUCGAUUGUGUUGACGAAGGCUGCGCUUGCAUUAAAAAAUGCUGAUAGCAAUUUCAAAGUGGUUAAAUUUGAAACACACAAACCAAAAAAGAAACAAACUUCAGAGCAUGAAAACAAAAUUGACGAGCAUAACCAAACACCGCAUAUAAAGAAAGACUUAGAUCUUAAGAAGAUUCGGCAUGAAGUUGUAAAGUUUGGGAUGUCUGGAUUUGAUGGUACCAAGAAAGAAGAAGCCAAAAUCGCUUUAGCAGUUAGUUUAGGAGCCAAACCACCUAAACAGAAGUACAUAAACUACAAGGAGUUAAUGCAGAAGAGAAAGCAAGAGAAAGUAGAACAGAACAAUGAGAAACAGCUUAUGAUAUUGAAGACUAUUUUGCAAACAGCUGGCAAGAAGAAAAAGAAAGGAGUUAAUAAUGAUGUUGGACAUUUCUUGGACAAUUAUGGAAAAGUACAGAAGAAAGAUUUGAAAAAUAACAAAAAAGCACCAGUAAAGAAGAAAAAAUCAUAAAUAUAUUAGAAAAAUUGUAUUGUUAAGGUGUAAAUAAAAA